GCUGCUGUUAUUGUGGCCGACGACUCACUGACUCGACUCCAUCCAUGGGAAUCUCCCGCUCCGCCUCCGCGGCCUCCGUUUCGGUUGGGCGCCCCGCCCACCCACUACUACCCAGGACGGGGAGCCGCUGGCAUAAAAGUAACCCCGGCUUGCCCCGCCGUCCAUCGUUAUCUCCUCCCACCCACGCCCCUACCGGACCCGUAACACCAAACAGUCUCAGGCCCCAGGCCCCCAACCACUGGCGCAGGCCCCCGCGACGAGAACAUCAGGAGGACGAGCAAGGAAAAAGUAUGGCCGCCGCCGCUGCCACGGUGACGGCGGUGUCGAGCUGCGGCAAGCGCGAGCUCGACAUAGUGGACGCCGCCGGCAUGCCGAACAAGGGGAAGAGAGGGAGGCCGCCGCCGCCGCCGGAGGAGGUGGAGGCGUUCCUCGCCGCCGCGGAGAGCACCUUGGCGCGGCGCUUCGCGGCCAAGUACAAUUAUGACGUCGUCAAGGACGCUCCCAUGGACGGCCGGUACGAGUGGGUCCGCGUGGGCCCGUGACACGAUCGCGCAACGGGCGGGCACUCGGCCAGUCAACCGCCAGAUCGAAGAGAAGCCUGGCCGCGCCCGUGUCUGCUUCGGUGUUGAUUUCCCUUGUACUGUAGCUUACUUACCGUGUGUGCAACACUUGUUCUAGCUGUGCCUGUAAUUAUGCUCACGAGAUGGCUAAUCAUGUGAAAGCCUCGACCUUGUAAGUCGCUACGUCAGUGGAUGUUCCGCUUGUAACUUAGCGUUUGGUUAACAUGUCGUUAUGUGUAGUGUAGUGUAGCCCAGGGAAAAACAAAGUUGUAACUUGUCGCUGUGUUCGAUUUGUUGGUUCCCCGUUCAUACCAAUGAAUGAAUGAAACAGAGUAUUCAGGCCCA